CGGGAUGGUCGUUGGCCUGGGGAGCACGACGAGACGAAGCCCAGGCGCUUGCUCGCCGAUCUGGCUGGCACCGAUCUGGCCAAAGGCGAAGGCACCGCUCAAUCCACCAGGAUAUCAUCCAUCUCCAUCGCUGCUCGGCGGCUUUCCCGGCCCUGCCUUCCGUCGUCUCGGCCCAGGAAGCAACCCUGUCGAGCCGUCGUUGUGCUGGUUUGGGUUCGGGCGGGUCGCCACGUGACCGCGCACCGACAUUUCAGCUUUCGCCGUCGGCGCCCUCUCUCCUCGACCCAUCCAGACCCGGCGAAUCACCCAGACAGCGAUGGCGUCCCACUACGAAAUCGAUUCCGACACCAUCCGACCCUACGGCAGCAUCCACCACGAUGUCCCCAACGAUAACUACGACCUGCUGGAAAACCUUGACGGCUCGACGCCCGUUAUCGAUAGCCGGCGGCUAUACAUGAUGGGCCUCAAGAGGAGCGGCAAGUCCAGCAUCCUCAACGUCGUCUUCCAGAAAAUGGCACCAAACGAGACCCUGUUCCUGUCGAGCACCACCUCGAUCCAGAAGCGCCGCGUGUCUUCGAUCAUGAAUCUGUCGCUAUGGGACUUUCCGGGACAAAUCGACUUUUUCGACGAUGCAUCCUAUGACCAGUCCAUGUUCAGCGUUCCUGGGGCGCUAGGCUUUGUUAUCGACGCCCAGGAUGAGUACAACAGGGCCGUGCACCGGCUUGUCGAAACAAUCGCCAAGAUCCGCACCCUCAACGAGAACAUCACCUAUGAGGUCUUUAUCCACAAGUCUGAUGGCCUAUCUGAGGAUCACAAAAUGGAGACGCAAAAGGAUAUUCAUCAAAUGAUUAUGGAUAUCCUGACCGACUACAACAUAGCCGAGAUCCCCAUCAACUUUUACUUGACUUCCAUCUACGACCACUCGAUCUUUGAGGCCUUUUCAAAAGUCAUCCAGAAGCUGAUUCCGCAGCUGCCGACUCUCGAAAAUAUUUUGAACAUGCUUUGCUUGAACUCGGGCAUCGAAAAGGCCUUCCUAUUCGACAUCACCUCCAAAAUUUAUAUCGCUACGGAUAACUCGCCAGUCGACAUCCAGUCCUACGAGCUAUGCAGCGACAUGAUCGAUGUUGUGUUUGAUAUCUCAAGCAUCUAUCGCUUCCAACCUUCCCAGACGUCAGAGAGCUCCGAUGCGUUUUCUGCCGAAGGUUACUCGAUCAUCAAGCUCAAUAACAAUAUGGUUCUGUACUACCGGGAGAUCAGCCAAUACCUCGCGGCAGUCUGCUUGAUUCGCGCCGAGAACUUUGAGAAGCAGGGCCUGAUCGACUACAACUUUUUCUACUUCAAGGAUGCCAUCAUCCGAGUGUUUCAAGUUGGCCAAGCGGUGGCCGAUGGCUCAGCCAACACCCGCCGAUAAGGCUGAUGACCUAGCUCCCGGAUGGCUUCCAGGGUGAUCUUUGGGCAGCAUCAGCACAGUCUUGUGUGCAUCGGCGAUCUCGCCCGCCGACUGACUCGUGUAUUCGCUGCGUCCAUGCAGAGCCUCCGCGGCUGAUCAGCUGGCAGACUCUUGCUUGCCAUCUAUCCUGGCGUACUUGUAUUCCAGCCCUACCUUUGGCUGUUUGGCCGUUGCCUUUUGAUUGCUUGUCUUUUGCUUUUGCUCCGGCUUGUUUUUGCUUUGCUUCCGCUGUUUUGUUAGUCAAUCCAAUAAAAAACGGGACACCUUGGUUUUUGGUUAUUGACCGAA